CUUUAAUCCUUCAUGGAAUUUCAAGUUCCCUCCAUUUCCACUCUUCUUGCUUUCCUUCUCUUUCUGAUUGUAGUAUUCAGAAUUACUGUGAAGAGAGCCACUGCAAAUAACUCAACUCCAAAACUACCCCCAGGGCCAUGGCAACUGCCUCUCAUAGGAAACAUGCACCAGCUUCUUGGAUCACUAACUCAUCACAUCCUGAGAGAUUUAGCCAAGAAAUAUGGACCACUGAUGCACCUCAAACUCGGUGAAGUCUCCACUGUCAUUGUUUCCUCCCCAGAAAUUGCCAAACAGGUUAUGAAAACACAUGACAUCAUCUUUUCUAAUAGACCUUACCUUCUCGCUUCAUGGAUCAUCUCUUAUGAGUCUACAAAUAUUGUAUUUUCCCCCUAUGGAGAUUACUGGAGACAACUGCGCAAAAUUUGCAUCAUGGAGCUUCUGACUUCAAGGCGUGUCCAGAGUUUUCGAUCAAUAAGGGAAGAGGAGACCUUGAAUCUCAUUAGAUCAAUUUCUUCAAACGGGAUAACACCAAUCAAUCUUAGCAAGAAAAUUUUCUCACUGACAUAUGCUAUUACAGCAAGAGCUGCAUUUGGCAGAAACAGAAAAGAACAAGAAGCAUUCAUCUCUCUGAUAAAUGAAGCUAUAAAGCUAGCUGGAGGUUUCAGCCUCUGCGACAUGUACCCUUCUCUGAAAUUUCUUCAGGUGAUAAGCGGAAUGAGACCAAGGUUGGAGAAUAUACACAAAAGAAUUGAUGAGAUACUUGAAAACAUUGUCAAAGAACACAAAGAGAAAGAGAAAAGCACAAAAACCGGAGAGGAAGCAGCAGAGGAGGAUCUAGUUGACAUCCUUCUUAAAUUUCAGAAGCAUGGAGACCUAGAAAUUCCAUUAACCGACAGCAACAUUAAGGCAGUCAUCCUGGUAAGUGAGUAAGGGUGGCAAUUUCUGACACGACACGUAAACAGGACUCAAAACCAACACUAAAUUGACCCAACACAACACAAUUGCCACCCGUUAAUUUCGACGAUAUGUGUUGUUAUAUGCAGUUUUCCAUCCUUGUAGCUUAUCUUCUGUUAAAUAUAUUAGCUCAGAAGAAAAGUGGCUCCAUGAUAUGAAACCAGGGAAAUGCAUGAUUAUUAAUGCAAGGUAGUUCUAAUGGUUUCAAUAGAGAUAUAUUGGAAUCUUAUAAGAAAUAACCACCCUAUACCUCUCCUCAAAUGUGACAAUUGGAACCAAUGCUGGAGUCCAAAGUUUUCAGGCUUCAUGUAGUAGCAUAGUUAAUUUUAUAUUUUCUUCCUUUCCUAUAGCCGUACGUGGUGUGAUUCCAGAGAUUCACAGGCAAAAUCUAAAUAUUUGGCAGUACCGGUAAACUAAUCCAAGCUCAUCUAAAUCUAUUUCAGGACAUUUUCAGUGCAGGGAGUGACACUUCAUCGACAGCACUGGAGUGGGCAGUUUCAGAAAUGCUUAAAAACCCAGAAGUGAUGAAAAGGGCACAAGCUGAGGUAAGAAAAGCAUUUGCUAAAAAUGGAAAUGUGGAUGAAAGUGGUCUUCAUGAGUUAAAAUACCUGCAAGCAGUAAUAAAAGAGACCUUGAGGCUACACCCAUCUGCUCCUCUGCUGGUUCCAAGAGAAUGCAGUGAGCAAUGUCAAGUUAAUGGAUAUGAAAUACCAGCCAAGACCCGAGUUAUAGUCAAUGCCUGGGCAAUUGGCAGAGAUCCAAGAUACUGGACUGAAGCUGAGAAAUUCAACCCCGAGAGAUUUCUUGAUAGUGCAGUCGAUUUCAAGGGGAAAAAUUUUGAGUAUAUCCCAUUUGGUGCUGGAAGAAGGAUAUGUCCAGGCAUACUUUAUGCCCUGCCUAAUAUUGAACUCCCACUUGCACAACUGCUGUACAAUUUUGAUUGGAAACUCCCCAAUGGAUUGAAACCAGAAGAAAUAGACAUGACUGAGGCCUCUGGCUUGACAGUAAGAAGAAAACAAGAGCUGUACUUGGUUCCUGUUCCUUAUCAUCCUUCUCCUGUCAAAUAGUAGGAUAGAAGAUAUGCUGAGGUCAAUGGCCAAUGCUUUUGAAAAUGCUGUGCUACAUUUUCGGAGGAGUUUCUUUACGUGGAGCAGUUUGCGUGGAUUGUGGAUAAUGUAUGUAUUGUAAGAAAAUCCAGCCUAUUAGACAUAUAUCAUAUCCCAAUAAAGAAAGUUAUAUAUUGAAAAAAAAUCCACCAUACAAUUUGCGAGUUAUGAAUCA